CUAAGGGAAACUCGUAACUGAUAUAUAUAGAGGAUAUUUUUUCCAGGUAUCGCUGUAUAAACCACUAUUUCGCUAUUUUGAGGCGUACUGACAGAAAACGAGGCUUCUACUGCCACACCCGAUCACCCUAGUCGGAUUUUUACUGGGAGAAAAGGUUUUUAGAUCGUCAGGAUGAAUCCUCAGCAGCGGAUUGCCGCUAUUGGAACAGACAAGGAAUUAAGUGACUUGCUGGAUUUUAGUGCGAUGUUCUCUCCACCUGUAAACGGUGGGAAAAACAGGCCUACCACCCUCGGAAGCAGCCAGUUCAGUGCAUCAGGUAUGGAUGAGCGGACCAGCCAAGCGUCUUGGGCCCCAGGUGGCCAGUCCAGUCCCUCCUAUGAGUCCUCACGGGGUUUCACAGACAGCCCUCAUUAUGGCGAUCACUUGAGUGACAGUCGAUUAGUGUCCCAUGAAGGAUUGUCCCCAACACCUUUCAUGAACUCCAACAUAAUGGGUAAAUCAGAAAGGGCUUCAUUUCUCGGCUAUGGGAGAGAUCCCGGAGCACCUGGCUGUCAGACAACUCUAAGGUCAGACAUCGGGCUGGCGAGUCCCAGUUCUGUGGCCACAUCGGGGAAAUCCGCUACUCCUUUCUAUUCCUUCACUGGGGCCAAUCCCAGAAGACGUUCGCUACAAGACCCCUCUCCCAUCGAUCCUCUACAAACAAAGAAAGUUCGCAAGGUCCCUCCUGGCCUGCCUUCAUCUGUGUACGCACCGUCUCCGAACUCAGAAGACUUCAACAGAGAUUCACCUUCUUACUCUUCUCCUAAGCCCUCCAGCAGUAUGUUUGCAAGCACUUUUUUUGAUGGGACCCACAAUUCCUCUGACCCAUGGAACUCGUCCAAUGGGAUCAGUCAGCCCAGCUACGGUGGAAUGCUGGGAGGAUCUUCAUCUCACAUGCCACAGUCAGGAAACUACAGCAAUCUGCACUCACACGACCGCCUGAAUUACCCUGCACACUCAGUCUCUCCAGACAUCAAUGCCAGUCUUCCUCCCAUGUCCAGCUUCCAUCGAAGCAACGCCAGCACUUCACCAUUCGUCACUGCAGCACACACCCCGUCCGUCAACACCGCUGAUGGGGUCAUGGCUGCUGCAAAUCGGGGGAAUGCCACUGGAAGCUCACAGACUGGAGAUGCACUGGGCAAGGCUCUGGCCUCGAUUUACUCACCUGACCAUACCAGCAGUAGUUUUCCAUCCAACCCGUCAACACCUGUGGGCUCUCCUUCGCCCCUGACAGCCACAGCAGGUGCUGCCUCAGCAGGUACAGUGGUGACUGCUGCCGGCACCCCGUCUGGAAGGGCAGGUACCAACCAGUGGCCUCGUGCUAGCGGACAGACCCCAUCCUCUCCAAAUUAUGAGAACUCCCUUCACUCACUGAAAAACAGAGUUCAUCAGCAGCUACAUGAGCAUCUCCAGGAUGCCAUGUCUUUCUUAAAGGAUGUCUGCGAGUCUCGAAUGGAGGAUCGUCUGGACAGACUGGAUGAUGCAAUCCUUGUUCUGCGGAACCAUGCAGUGGGCUCCACCGCCAGUCUGCCCAGUGACAUACACAGUCUGCUGGGACAAGCACAAAAUGGGCCAAUAGCAGCCAUUGGAGCAAACUUCCCUGCCUCUGCAUUGGUUCCAAGUCGGACAGCAGCAAUGGGUGGUGCCCACCGUGACGACGCUGCCAGCCUGAACAACAGCCAUGGAGGGCUGCCCAGCGCUGGCUCCACAUCCAGCACAGAGCUCAACCACCAAGUGGAAACCUUCAGAGGUCUGGCCUCAAGCCUGGCCGGGCAGGUGUCUGCCUCCCUGGAGCUGAAGGUGGAGAGUCAGGACAAAGACGACAUGCAUGAGAACCACUCCUCUGACGACGUCAAGUCAGAUGACGAGAGCGACAAGAGAGACAUCAAGACACCCCGCGGAGGCACCCGCACCAGCAGUAUCAACGAGGACGAGGACCUGAACCCAGAGCAGAAGGCCGAGCGCGAGCGCGAGAGGAGGAUGGCCAACAACGCCCGUGAGCGCCUAAGGGUGCGAGACAUCAACGAGGCCUUCAAGGAGCUCGGUCGCAUGUGCCAGCUGCACCUGAAAAGUGAGAAACCCCAGACCAAGCUGCUCAUCCUCCACCAGGCUGUGGCCGUCAUACUCAGCUUGGAGCAGCAAGUCAGAGAGCGGAAUUUGAAUCCCAAAGCAGCCUGCCUUAAGAGAAGGGAGGAGGAAAAAGUGUCCGGGGUUUCCGGCGACGCCCAACAAUCCCACACCGGGGUGCAUCCUGGCCUCACUGACACAUCCAACCCCAUGGGCCACCUCUGAGUAACACACAGAUCAAAGCGAUCCAGAUCAUUUCUGUAAGAUUGAGUCGGUGAGCUCGCUUCCCAAUGACAGACAGGACUCACACUUUGUGACACCAAUUGGAGGAGACAGACCACUUGAAGCAAAACUAUAAAACUAACACACUCCAAUCCUAAGAUUGAAGAACAAACCGUGUCCAGUUCCCUGCGACAACAGCCAGUGUCCAUCAGCAAAUUUCUGCCCACGAGAAAACCUUCAGCACAUAUCACUGUCUGCAAGAAGCACGUUGCUUCUGAACAAUCAGAGACUGUCACAAUCUCCUCCAACCGUAUGUGGAAAUUGCCUUGUGCCUAAACUGAAUUGACGAAUGCAUUGUAACAGCAAUUGUUUUUGUUUGUCUAUUUCUUUUUUUUCUAUUUAUUAUGUUAUUGAGCUAUAAAGUGUAUGUCUAAAGGGAAAGUUAAGUAAUUUCAAAGAGAAGUAUGUGGCUUUUCAGUCGACCUACAGUUUGCCAGUUUCACCUGUAAGGCUGAGCACUCCGCCCUGGAAGUCUCGGGCUCGUCCGAGACGAGAGGGAAAAAUAUUCAGGCACUGAGACAAGAAGAUUCAAAUUAAUUUAUUGGCCAGUUUAGAGUGAUCUUAAUGCCCAGCUGACGAUGACCGUCGGCUGUGAGAGCUCAAGACUUAAGCGCCCCCGUCUUUAAAAAAGAUGAUAUAUUAUUUAUAUUUAUGUUUUAUUCAUUCCGCCACAAGCCGAGUCUUUAAUCAGAACUACCUAUGCUGGUUUCUGUGUAGUUUAGAUACACACUAGUGACUGAAAUUAGAAGAGAACCCAACAAGAGGAACAACAGGCCCGACUACAUUAGCAUGAAUUGUCUAUCGCUGGUGACACAAAACGGCAAACUCUAGUUUUACUGAAAGGUCAUCUUUAGUUGUGUUUUUUUUUUCCACCGUAGCGAGCAGUUAACAUACAGAGAGCAAAACUAUUUGCAAACCUUAGCAUUCCCUGCAUAUUUUUAGUGUCUUAACAAAAGGAAAGUGGGGGGGCUUGACUGUCCUCAGGUUCCUUUGCCAUAUAGUGUUAAAUGUAAGCAGUGACAUAUUUUGCAGAUUGUUGUCUAUAUGUUUAACCUGACAGUUACACGCUCUAGACUUCAGCGCAGAAGUGGCUUCGUUUUUGUCAUUUCCCGCCACUGGCUAAUCAGAGAUUUCUUCUAAACGACGACCACACGAUCUCCUGGCCUGAUGAACAUAUCACUUCAUUUUCUUUCUGUUGAUAACUCAAAAGACAGUACGUUUCAAAAGCAGUUACUCUAAGUAAAAAAACAAAAAAACAAAAACAAAAAAAACUAGUUAUGUUUAUUUGUGUUGUAACAAGUCAUUUCUCUAGGCUUUCAGCAUAUAAUGUCCAGUUUCAAUUAGCAGAGAGAAUUUCUAAGUUAUUUUAAAUGGUGUUUUGAUCCAAGCCGUGAUAUACUCAGUACAGGUAAGCCAGACUAGAUAUUACAUGGAUUCACAUGCUGUUUAAUAUCAAACAUAGUUGGUUUCAUAGAACUUAGUACAAUAAUGAACAAAAGCAGUUAACAGGAUUUUCUUUCUUUUUUUUUCCUUUUUUUUUUUUUUUUUUUAUUUCAAGACAUUGGUCAUGGCUUUAUUUUUUUCCCUAUCAGUGUGCAUGCUUUAUGUUUCUCCCUUAUUUAAGUCUUUGGUCUUAAGACCUGCUUUAUAUUCCAUUUAUUUCUUUGUAUAUUGUCUUCCAUCAUAAUCUACACCUUAAACAAGGCUGCCACAUUCAGAAUAAGUAUUCUGCCAAAAGGGAAAAUCAAUUAGAAUUAAGGAUGCCACGCCGAGAGUUUACAUUAUGGAUUUAUGACUUAAAAACUUUUGUGACAAAAAAAAACAUAAACAAUUAUUGUAUAUUCUCUGACUGCAUGUGGCCUUGUUCUUCAUUUCAGUAUUCACGAGCUUGUAUUCAUGUUGGCAGACUUUGAUUGAGGGUAUAAUGUAUGUCACUUCCUGCUCUCUUUUCCUUCAUUUUUUUUUUAAAUUUCCUGUUGUUCCUAUAUUUCUUUGCUCCUCUGUUUGCCAAGUUAGACUUUGCUGUAUUCCCAGAUGCUUUCCCUUGUAUAAUAUAUGAAAAAAAAAAAUCAAAAGAAAAAAAAAAAACAUUUGGCUUAUUUUUCACUGUAGUUAGUCUUUUAUACAAUAAUACUGUAAGAAUAUUUCUUGAAUUCUAAAUAUUACUCUUUCUAGAUUUUUGAAAGCGAAAGUUUUGAGUAAAAAGUUUCUUACUUUAUUUUACUAUAUUAGAUAGUAAAAAUGUACGGUUAUUUACCAUAACCUGUCCAUUACUACCAGAAAAUUUACAAAUGGCAUCUCAAGAACAUUGUUGCUCGCAGUCGAGUGCUUAUAAGACGCUGUACGAGCUCGAGAUUCCUCAAAAAAGUGCGACCUCCAUCUUAUCCUUCAGUCUCCAUGGUUGAUUGACAAAAGAUUUGUUCUUGUGUCAAAAACAAAGUCAAGCUAUUGUUGAUGCACAUCAAAAAACAAAAGAUACAGCAGCAAGAAUUUGAAUUUUCUGUCUCUUUCAGCAGAAAAAAAACACAAAAUGUAUAUAACAUUUAUGUUGCAAUAAAUGUGCCAUCUUUUUUUAAACUCAAUUGUAUGUGCAUUUAUUUCCCUCACUGGACAAACACUUUUUUUGUUUCUCCAUAUUUACUUUUUUUUUUUUUUUUUUUUUUUUUUUUUGUGUCCUCACUCCAUGCAAUUUUAUUUUAUGAAAUAGCAUAGGCUGGCUGGGUGCAGUAGGAUGAGCUCAGAAACACAGGGUUAAUCGUGGCUUUCCUGUUUUUUUGUUUCUUUUUUGUUUUUGUUUUUGCCGAGACAUUUCUACAGUGGAUUUAGGCCAAAUGAGUUUUUUAUAGUAUGUAACUCAAUUUUGAAAAUAAUACCAGUGGACCAUUGUAGUCUGUAUGAAAAGUACUAUGGAAUAUAUGUUUCUAUUUUUAAUAAAGUGUGAUAGCAGCGUACUGUA